AUGCAGAUCAACGUGAAAAUGGCCAUUGGCAACAAGAAGCUAGCCAUAGAAGUCGCACCGGAAACCACGGUGCUGGGAAUGAAGGAACAGCUCUCGGCAGACGACCUUUCGGGGUUCCCGGCCGCCGAGCAGCGCCUGAUCUUCAAAGGCCAAAUCAUGAAGGACGACAAGACCGCCAGGGACUACAACAUGGAGGACGGCGACACGAUGCACCUCGUCAAGGGCCGCCCCGCCAACCAGCAGCCCGCCGCCGCCGCCGCCGCGCCAGCACAGGACCAGCGCACAGGCACAACGGGCGCGGCGGGCGCGGCGGGCGCGGCGCAGCAGCCUGCCAACCCGUUCGACAUGUUUGGCGCCGGCGGGGGCGCCGCGGGGCUCGGGGGCCUCGGCGGCAUGGCCGGGGGCGGCAUGCCGAGCCCUGACAUGAUGCAGCGGCUGAUGCAGUCGCCCAUGAUGCAGCAGCUGAUGUCCGACCCGGAGGUGGUGCGGUCGGCGCUGAACGCGCACCCGGCGCUGCGGCAGAUGAUGGAGCGGAACCCGCAGCUCGCCGCCGCGAUGACGGACCCGGAGACGCUGCGCUCGAUCAUGCGCAUGCAGAGCAAUCCCGCGCUGCAGCGCGAGCACAUGCGUCAGACGGACCGGUCCCUCGCGAACCUCGAGUCGCUCCCCGGCGGCUUCGACCACCUCCGCCGCGCGUACGAGGAGAUCGAGGCCCCCCUCCGCGACGCCAUGGGCGGCGCGAACGCCGCCGACGGCACCAACGCCAACGCCAACACCGACACCCCAAACGCCGCCACCGGCGCCAACAACGCCGGCACCACGGCGCCCAGCGAGCCCACGCCGCUGCCCAACCCCUUCGCCGGCCUCGGCGGCGCCGCCGCGGGCGGCGGCGACGCGGACGCGGCCGCCAACCCCUUCGCCUCGCUCCUCGGGGGCGGCGCAGCGGGCGGCGGGCUGCCCGACCUGUUCGGGGGCGCCGAGGGCGGCGCGGACAUGAGGCCGCAGACGCUGCGCCGGAUGCUGGACAGCCCCAUGAUGGCCACGUUCAUGGAGCAGAUCAAUAGGAAUCCGGAGAUGCUGGCGUCGAUGGCGGAGUCCGACCCCAACAUGCGUGCGCUGAUGGAGGCGCACCCGCACCUGCGGGACCCGAACGUUCUGCGGCGGAUGUUCGACCCGAACACGAUGCGCGCGAUGCUGGACCUCAGCGCGGCGUUCCAGGGCCUGGGCGACGCGGGCGCGGGCGAGGGCGGGCUCGGGGGCGGCGGCGCCGCGCAGGCGGAGGGGAUGCGGAACUUCCUCCAGCUCAUGGCCGGCACCGGCGGCGUCGGACAGACGCCGGUCGCGGACCCCGAGGCGGCGUACGGGAGUCAGUUGGAGCAGUUGCAGGACAUGGGUUUCUGGGAUCGAGAGCAGAACAUCCGCGCGCUGCAGGCCACCGGAGGCAACGUGUCCGCCGCCGUGGAGCGCCUGCUGUCGCAGAUGUGA